CACUACCUGCCAUCUACCACCAUUCCCUGCUCCUGCAUCUCUUCUCGCUGGACGAGCCACCAGCCCAGCCUCUCAAGAUGGCCUAUGUCCCUGCACCUGGCUACCAGCCCACCUACAAUCCGACUCUGCCCUACAACAAGCCCAUCCCGGGAGGUCUCAGUGUGGGGAUGUCUGUGUACAUCCAAGGAAUGACCAGUGAGCACAUGAAGAGGUUCUGCGUGAACUUCGUGGCGGGGGCGCACCCGGGCUCCGACAUUGCCUUCCACUUCAAUCCCCGCUUUGAUGGCUGGGACAAGGUGGUGUUCAACUCGCAUCUGGGCGGCAAGUGGGGCAGCGAGGAGAAGAAGAGAAGCAUGCCCUUCCGCAAGGGCACCCACUUCGAGCUGGUGUUCAUGGUCCUGGCGGAGCACUACAAGGUGGUCGUAAAUGGAAAUCCCUUCUAUGAGUUCGGGCACCGGCUGCCCCUACAGCUGGUCACCCACCUGCAAGUGGAAGGGGACGUGGAGCUUCAAUCAAUCAAUUUCAUUGGCGGCACCCAGCCCCUGGGCCAGGGUCCUGGACACACCCAGCAGCAGCCAAGUAGCCUGCCUACCAUGGAGGGACCCCCAGUCUUCAACCCGCCCGUGCCAUUUAGGAAGAGAUUGCAAGGAGGGCUUACAGUCCGAAGAACAGUCAUAAUCAAGGGCUUCGUACCCUUCACAAGCAAAAGCUUUGUCAUCAACUUCAUGGUGGAAUCCUCCGGGGACCUGGCUCUGCACAUUAACCCUCGUCUGACCGAGGGUCUUGUGGUUCGGAACAGCUGUCUGAAAGGUUCCUGGGGAUCUGAGGACAGGAAGCUCUCCUACAACCCAUUUAGUCCUGGGCAAUUCUUUGAUCUGUCCAUUCGCUGUGGCACGGAUCGUUUCAAGGUUUACGCCAACGGCCAGCAUCUCUUUGACUUUUCCCAUCGCCUUUCGGCCCUCCAGAACGUGGACAUGCUGGAGAUUAAGGGUGAUGUCACCUUGUCCUAUAUCCAAGUCUAACCUAUUCCCAGGGCCAUAACCCUUGGGAACACAGAGGGAAAGAUUCCACAGAACUCCUUCCUAAGGCCCUAAUAAAAUGCCUGUGGGUGUCUCAUGAGUGUCCAUGACUCCAUUCACCUCCCUCACUGUUCCUUCCUUCCUUGAUUUGGUCAUACGCUGUCCAUUCAGCCAUCCAAUCAUCUGUGCAUCCAUCCUCCCAUCACAAUAAAUCUAGGAAUAUCUGAGACACAGAUCUUGGGUUUUAUGUGUAUCAGCUCAUUCAGUCCUCACAAAAACACCAGGAGAUAGGAACUAUUAUUAUCAUCCCUCUGGAAAAGAUGAGGAAACAGGCAAAUUAAAAUAAGGCAAAUCACCCACCAGUGGCAAAAUGAGGAUUCAAAUCAAGGUGGUCUGGCUCCACACUUACUUAAUUGUUCUACAGCCCAUUUUCCCAUCCAUACAUGCACCCAGCUUUCCAUUCAUCCAUUUCAAAGCCCAUUAAACUCUCCAAACAUCCAUCCAAGCAUAUGUUCAUUCAUCCAUCUAAACAUCCAACCAGGGGCACCUGGCUGGCUUGGUUGGUGGAGUGUGCAACCCUUGAGUAUAGAGAUUAGUUAUUUUUUUAAUCUAAAACAUAAAAAAAAUAAAAGGGACUCCUGGGUGGCUCAGCAGUUGAGCAUCUGCCUUGGCUCAGGGCAUGAUCC